UAUCUGUAAUUAGUAAUAACUUAGAGGGGUCCUGGGGUGGCGCUGCUUCUCACUGUAUAAGUAAGUCCCACAGGCCGUAUCUCCGAGCAAUGUUGUCCUCGCGAGCGUCGUGUUAACAUAUAGCAGGAGAGUAGAAGGGUCAUCGAAAGUCAUAAAUUGAGAGGAAAUGUUUUGGAAUAUUUUCUUGAAUAAAGAUUCAUAAAGUUAAAGUGAAAGGAAAAGCAAAAUCGCGAAGAAGAGAACGAAAUGAAAAAAUAAAGAGGAGUCACGUGAGUCCAUGUACUUGGUCCGGAUUUGGCCAGACUGGUGUAACAGUUACCAUUUUGAAUAUCAGUAUAACACAACAUCAAAAAUUAGGAGUCAUUAAUACGAAGGUAACAAGAAAACCAGUUUGAAUAUUUGAAAGAAAUAAAAUUUGAAGAUUAUUAAUCAAAAAGAAGAUAUUGAGUAUCAAGAGGAUACUAAAGAAGAAGAAGAUCACGAGAGAAGGAGAAGUGAAAGAAGCAAAGUAGUCGGACAGUCGAGCUCGAACUCAGUCAGGGUGGGUGGCGGGUAACCAGGGCGCAGUGUCACUUGAAUAACGUUCAACUGGUAUGUCAGUGAGAAAGAGUGAAGUUAGUGAAGUCUAUGGAAGUGAUAAAAACUUACAACAAUAUCGAUAAAUAUUAUAAAAAUAAUAUUCAACAACUGCAAAGUGAACGGUCACCGGUAUAACUUUAUUCUACUAAUCGACGAAAUUAAUAAGCGUUUCGGCGCUCGAUUCGGCUUUGACCUAUCACGCGCCUGAACCCUCACCCUGGCUACCUUGAAUCAAGUAAAUCCGUCCACCGUUUCUGGUUCCCGUGGAGCAGUGAUUGAUUACGGGACGAGGGAGAGAAAGUCGCGGGUUGCCGCGGGUUACCGCGGGAGGUGCGCAUGGUCCGUGGUGGAUCGCGCCGGAUGGGUAUUGGCUAUUUGGAUGGUGAUUAGAGUCGCUACGAGGAUAAGAGCAAUGUCGGGACUUCUUUACACGUUGCUGGGUUUGGCGGCCAGCUCGAGUUUACAUUGCGCUGUGCGCCGCGAGAUCAGCCCGUGCACCUGUCGCCAGGAGGAAUUCUCCACUCCCAUUAUUACCAACAAUGGGAAUAGCAAUGGAAACAGCAAUGCUGAACGUAUCGAAGUCGUCUGCGAGAAAAUGGAAUCCUUCAAUCAGGUAGCCGAUGCUCUACGGGGUAAAUUCACCGCGGACCAGCAAAUCACCCUCAGAGUGGCGCACUCGUUCCUACGUGACAUAUCCAGACAUGACUUUAAAGAGCUCAGAAUGUCGAUUGUCAGGCUUGAGCUUAAUCAUGAUCACCUUGACUCUGUUGACGGAGACGUGUUUGCUGGCCUAGGUCGGACCCAAUAUCUAAGUUUGGCUGACAAUGAGGUUCCAUCAAUACCAAGACAUGUUUUGUCGCACCUGUCACUACUCAGAACUCUUGACCUCAGCAGAAAUCGAAUUAGUCGCAUUGACUCUGACGACUUUAAGUACAAUCCCACUCUUCAAUAUGUAUUUAUGGCGGGAAACUCUAUUUCUGAAAUGAUCCCUGGCUCUCUACCACCACUCGUGAAGCAUUUGCACGUCGGCCGUAACUACCUGAAGAGUCUGAACCGUACGCUACGAGAUUUGAACCAGCUGGAAUGGCUGCUCAUCAAUUCCAAUGAGUUGACGUCAUUGGAUGGUGAGCUUCCAUCAUCGGGACAUAACCUGAAGAUGCUCUACGCCGUGGACAAUAAACUCACCCACUUGCCUAUUGAAUUUCGCUAUUUGCAUCGUUUGGAAAAUCUGUUUCUUCAACACAAUAGGAUCAGGAGUCUGGACGGAACACUUCAGAAGGCUCGUAGACUGAAGUUUCUCGAGCUGUCCUAUAAUGAUCUACAGGAAUUAACGGAAGAUGACUUUAUCGAGGCUGAAAUGCUGGAGGAUCUUGAACUAGGACACAACUCUUUGAAGUCUCUGGGUGGAUCUGGACCAAAUUCUGAUGGUAGUGAGGGUAACAGCGCUCUAUAUCCUCUAAGGUCACUGAAGUGCCUGAACUUGACUCACAAUGAGCUACGCGAAUUUUCAUUCGGGUCGCUUCGUGGAUUGCGUGAACUUCGUCUACUCGAUCUGUCUAACAACAAGAUUGCACAACUCAGUAAAGGAAGACCGCCAACCGAAAAUCUCGUGGAAGAGGAAGGUGAGGAUGUAGCUGGUGCAAAUAUCCAAGACAUGAGACUACAGCACAAUGAGCUCCGUUCUCUUGAAGGUUCACUUUUCGUGGGUAUGAAGGGACUUCAGCGAUUGAAUUUGAGUCACAAUGCAUUAGGACCCACGAUAGGGCCACAAGAUCUUCGAGGACUCGACACUCUGCGAGUCCUGGACUUAUCUCAUAACGAGCUUACUUCCUUAGAAGAGAUGUCUGAGACAUGGCUACCAUCUCUCGAAGAAUUAAAUGCUUCUCACAAUCGUCUGGUGACUUUAUCCGAGAGGGAUUUCCGAGGAUUUCCAGGUCUCUGUUGGGCGGAUGUUAGUACCAACCGAAUACGCUCGCUAACCCCGGAAUUAGUCGCGAACACCCGUUGCACCGUGCAUGGCGUUCCUGACGUUCUACGCAUUUACCUGCAAGAUAACCCGGUGCUCUGUGACGCCGGUCUCGCCGAUCUUACUGUCGCCUUGGAGGUGAACCAUGCCAAGGUUUAUGGUGUUGUUACCGACUGUCCCACAACAGUUUUGGCGCCCAGCGUCCCGACGUCGCCAUUACCACCAUUACCACCAACACUCUUUCUAGCAGUAGCAGCCGCCUCUGCCGCCGGCGGUAACGUAUCCUUCGCCGCGACUCUUGAGUAACCACUUCACUAAUUGGAUACAUCAUAAAACAGAUUAAGAUGUACUAGAAUAAGAUGUCUAUAUUUUCUGUUUAUUCUUAUAUUUUUCUAUCUUCAUUUUACUCAUUCGCUAGUCCAAGACUGAAAGCUAUUGAUUAGAUUGAUAUUGGCCAUCUUCUAACCGUUUCACCAUGAAUGCCAUUAACAAAUAUAAUGUAUUCGUUAUUCCCUGUUUAGCUUUCAAACGAACAUUAAAGUCUUGCCAGUUGCGGCAUAAUAUAUAUAUUAUUUAUGCGUUUGAUUGUAUUUUAUUGUAACAGUUGCUACAGAAUCCCUUCGGUUCUUCUAUUUCUUUUUUUAAGGAUUAAUGAAACUUCUUUGCUUUCUAUUCUAUUUAUUUAAGAAAACGUAUCGUAAACGAGAGAAUCUUCUGGUCGAUGACGAUUUGCAACUUGCUUGGAAUAUUGCGUAUGUAGAGAAAGAAAUUUUUUUGAUAAGAUGUAAUUUUUAUUACGGAAUAUAAUGUCAACCGAUGAGUAGAUUUUUUUGACAAUUUAGCGAAUUAUAUUUUUGUGAGAGCUUUUUGUAGGUACGAAUCAACAGAAAAUACGAGACUUGUCACCAAUGCAUUUGUUUUACCCGGCCGAUACGUAUAGAUAAUUAUUAAUUAUACUUGUUAAUUGCUAGAAAAUAUUAGAAGCAUUGUAAAUAGACCCUAUUAUUAAUAUAAAGCUGAUGUCGGACAAGAACGAUUAAUCAAUUAACAUGGAUGGAACUAAUUACCCUUUUAGUAUGUACAAUAUAUAUAUCCAAGUACAACAGCUUACAUGAGCAGUGACAUACAUAAAUCUCUUACAAGCACCGUGAAAAUAGAAAGUGCUCAAGUAGUUAGAUUAUAUAGAUCAAAUGCAUUGAAUUAUUCAAACAGAGUUAUUCAGAUUUGUGUGGCAGAACGUACUGCAAUAUGACUGAAUAAUCCAUUAUGUGUUAAUGGUGAUAUUGCAUUAUCAAAGUCCUAGAUAGUGCUAGAAUUUCUAAAUCGCCGAAAUUAAAACUGUUCGACAAAAUUUUGGUUAAUAAUUUAAUUCUCCGUAGUCAUCUAGAUACGACCUCUUCAGGUCAAUAAAAUAAAUAAAAAUCAGUUAACACUACUCGAAGUUUUACAUACUGAUUGGCAGUGGGCGAUCAAUUGACCUCUUAUUAACUCUUGUCAAUAGACAAGAAUUGUUAUCGACGCACGCUCUGCAUACAUAAUUUAUUGGCAAUCCUUUUUACCAUUAGGUGGAUCCAAUAAUUCAUUUAUUUGUCAUUGUUCAACCUGAGGGACCUGUGAAACAUUCAACUCCGGAGUAAGUGUUAACCAAAGACUAUAUGAGAUGAAUUUAUCCCGUUUGAAUACUCGAAACGUGUAGAAGAUUGCCGUUUAAUGCCGACUGUUAGUUUAUAUUGCUAGGACUCAAAGUCAUAACUAAUUAAACUUUUAAGUAUUUUAGGUAAAUGACUAGAAUUACAUAUGAUAGGUGCCAUAUAAAGAUAAUGCAGAGACCUGUACGUAACUUCUAAGUAAUUUAUCCACACUGUGAUUUACAGUUUCCAAUCCCAGAUUCAACAGUAAUAAUUGUUUAUCUGAAAUAAAUAAGAUUCGUAUAUGGAAAAUGCAUUGCUAGGGAAAAGUUGGUGGACAGACAUUAUUGUUAAACUAAUAUUAUAUUUUAAUAAGAACGUUCCAGGCGACUACAUGAAUAGAGAUGUAUAUGUAACGAAAUAUUUUUAGAUCUUUUAAUUUUUAUUAAUAAAGGCUUUAAUCUUCUAA